CGGUGUCCAGGCAGCAGGAUGUAGAGGGCUGUUUAGAUUUCCCAGUGGAGUCCCCGAAAGGGACAGCCUCAUGGAAAGACAGCUUCUAAACAAUAAGAAAUAGGAGGAGUUAACAGUACCUGACGGGGGGGCUGCUCUUCAUCAAGUGCUGCUCCGCAAGGAAAAUAAUUUGCAAGCGUUAUGAAGGCGGAGAAGGAUCCCGAAGACGAAGAAAAUAUCGUUAGAGAUCCAAGCUAAGUGUAGCCCAGCAUGAAGAUUGUGGAACAGGAAGAUUUGUAACGAGAGGGACGGAUUCACUGCUUAGGAGUUUGUCUGAGGGCGUGCUUUGUGAGCCACAGAGAUUUGUAACUUAAUGCAAAGUAGCUUGCUGCUAGCAACCAGAAACUAAAUCCUGUCUAUGAUGAACUGUUGGUUUUCUUGUGCUCCCAAGAACAGACAUGCAGCAGAUUGGAACAAAUAUGAUGACCGAUUGAUGAAAGCCGCAGAGAGGGGAGAUGUAGAAAAAGUUUCCUCAAUCCUUGCUAAAAAGGGCAUCAAUCCAGGCAAACUUGAUGUGGAAGGCAGAUCUGCCUUCCAUGUUGUGGCCUCCAAGGGGAAUCUUGAAUGUUUGAAUGCCAUCCUUGUACAUGGCGUUGAUAUUACAACCAGCGACACUGCAGGAAGAAAUGCUCUUCACCUGGCUGCAAAGUAUGGGCAUGCCUUAUGUCUACAAAAACUUCUACAGUACAAUUGUCCCACUGAACACGUAGAUCUUCAGGGAAGAACCGCACUUCAUGACGCAGCCAUGGCAGACUGUCCUUCCAGCAUACAGCUGCUUUGUGACCAUGGGGCCUCCGUGAAUGCCAAAGAUGUGGAUGGGCGGACACCACUGGUUCUGGCUACUCAGAUGUGUAGGCCAACAGUAUGUCAACUGCUGAUAGAUAGGGGGGCGGAGAUUAAUUCCAGAGACAAACAAAACAGAACUGCUCUCAUGCUAGGUUGCGAGUAUGGUUGUAAAGAUGCUGUAGAAGUCUUACUUAAAAAUGGUGCUGACGUAAGCCUGCUGGAUGCCCUGGGCCAUGAUAGUUCUUACUAUGCAAGAAUUGGGGACAAUCUGGACAUUCUAACUUUAUUGAAGACUGCGUCAGAAAAUACCAACAUAGGGAGAGAACUUUGGAAGAAAGGACCAUCUUUACAGCAGCGAAAUUUGCCAUACAUGCUAGAUGAAGUAAAUAUGAAGUCAAGUCAGAGGGAGCAUCGAAACAUUCAGGAUCUGGAGAUUGAAAAUGAAGAUUUGAAAGAGAGGUUGAGAAAAAUUCAGCAAGAACAGAGAAUAUUACUGGAUAAAGUCAACGGUUUACAACUACAGCUGAAUGAGGAAGUAAUGGUUGCUGAUGAUCUGGAAAGUGAGAAAGAAAAGCUGAAAUCCCUUUUGGUGGCUAAAGAAAAGCAACAUGAAGAAAGCCUAAGAACUAUUGAGACUCUGAAAAAUAGAUUUAAAUAUUUUGAGAGCGAUCAUUUAGGAUCAGGAAGUCAUUUCAGUAACCGAAAAGAAGAUAUGCUUCUCAAACAGGGUCAAAUGUACAUGGCAGAUUCACAGUGUACUUCCCCAGGGGUGCCAGCCCACAUGCAGAGCAGGUCUAUGUUAAGACCACUGGAGCUGUCAUUAACCAAUCAGACCUCAUAUUCCGAAAAUGACAUUUUAAAGAAAGAGUUAGAAGCAAUGAGAACUUUCUGUGAAUCGGCAAAACAAGACCGCCUCAAGCUCCAGAAUGAGUUGGCGCACAAGGUGGCCGAGUGCAAAGCUUUAGCGCUAGAAUGCGAACGGGUCAAGGAGGAUUCCGAUGAGCAGAUAAAGCAGUUAGAAGAUGCACUGAAGGAUGUGCAGAAGAGAAUGUAUGAGUCCGAAGGUAAAGUAAAACAAAUGCAGACGCACUUUCUUGCCCUUAAAGAGCACCUGACAAGUGAAGCAGCCACAGGGAGCCACAGACUGACGGAGGAGCUGAAGGACCAGCUGAAGGACAUGAAGGCAAAAUACGAGGGCGCAUCAGCCGAAGUGGGAAAACUGCGAAACCAAAUCAAACAAAAUGAGCUGUUAGUAGAACAGUUUAGGAGGGAUGAAGACAAGCUGGUGGAAGAGAAUAAGCGAUUGCAGAAGGAACUGAGUACAUGUGAAACGGAGAGAGACAAGAAAGGAAGGAGGGUCGCUGAGGUGGAAGGCCAGGUAAAAGAACUCUUAGCAAAGUUGGCCCUUUCGGUUCCGACAGAAAAAUUUGAGAGCAUGAAGAGCUUUUUAUCAAGCGAAGUAAACGAGAAGGUGAAAAAAGUAGGAGAGAUGGAAAGAGAGUAUGAAAAAUCACUUACUGAAAUCAGACAGUUAAAGAGAGAGCUUGAGAAUUGUAAGGCCAAACUGGCUCAGCACGUCAAGCCAGAGGAGCACGAGUGGCUCAAAAGCAGACUGGAGCAGAGAGCGGGAGAACUUGCGAAGAAGGUCACCGAACUCACGUCGAAAAAUCAGACAUUGCAGAGGGAUGUUGAAAAGGUUUAUCUGGAUAAUAAGCUCCUCAGCCAGCAAGUACAGAACUUAACAAGUGAAAUGAAAAAUCAUUAUGUUCCCCUACAAGUCAGUGAAGAAAUGAAAAAGUCACAUGAUGUCACCGUUGAUGAGCUGAAGAAACAGCUUUUAGAUGUAACACAAAAAUACACAGACAAGAAGCUGGAAAUGGAGAAAUUGCUGAUGGAAAAUGACAGUUUAAGUAAGAAUGUUAGCCGCUUGGAAACUGUGUUCGUGCCCCCUGAGAAACACCAGAAAGAGGUCACGGCUCUGAAAUCCAGUGUCGCUGACCUCAAACGACAGCUGUCUGAACUGAAUAAGAAGUGCGGUGAAGACCGAGAGAACAUAAAUGCACUUGUGUCUGAAAACACUAACUUGAAAAAGACCCUGAGUACCCAGUAUGUGCCGGCUAAAACCCACGAGGAGGUGAAAACCGAGCUGAAGGGUACACUGGAUAAGGCCCACAGAGAAUUACUAGAUGUGAAGAAAAAAUUUGAAGAUCUCAAUCAGGAAUUUGUAAAAACAAAAGGUGAGAAUGAAAUCCUCAGAAGAAACCUGGAAAACACUCAGAGCCAAAUAAAAGCUGAGUACAUCAGCCUCCGAGAGCACGAGGAGAAGAUGAGCGCCGUAAACCAAAGCAUGGAGAGGGUGCAGGGUAACAGCGUGGAAAUCCUGGCCGACUACAGAAAGGGGCAAGAGGAGAUUGUGACACUGCAUGCCGAAAUCGAAGCCCAGAAGAAGGAACUUGACACGAUACAGGAAUGCAUUAAGCUCAAAUAUGCUCCGAUCGUCAGCUUCGAAGAGUGUGAGAGAAAAUUUAAAGCAGCAGAGAAAGAACUAAAAGAACAGUUAGCAGAGCAGACGCAGAGAUCCCAUGUCAGGGAAGAAGAGGCCAAGAAGUACAAGCAGGAGAAUGACAAGUUGAAGAAGGAGAUUGGCACUCUUCAGAAGGAUUUAAAGGAUAAGAAUGUUCUCGUUGAGAACUCUCAUGACACGGAGAGAGCACUAAACAGGAAAACAGAAGAGCUAAACAAACAGUUGAAAGACCUGUUACAGAAAUACACGGAGGUGAAGACUGAGAAGGAAAAGCUGGUCAACGAAAAUGCCAGACAGACUUCUGAGCUUCGCGCAGCCCAGACCCUUCUGCAAAAGCAGCAUGUUCCAUUGCAACAGGUGGAGGCCCUGAAAAAAUCUCUUAACAGCACCGUUGAGCAUCUAAAGGAGGAACUGAAGAAUAAGCAGAGGUGUUAUGAGAAAGAGCAACAGACAGUGGCCAAACUGCAUCAGAUGUUGGAGAACCAAAAGAACUCUUCGGUGCCCCUGGCAGAGCAUUUGCGGAUUAAGGAAGCAUUCGAGAAGGAAGUGGGCAUCAUAAAGGCCAGCCUGAGGGAAAAGGAAGAAGAAAGCCAAAACAAAACUGAAGAGGUCUCCAAACUCCAGUCCGAGGUUCAGAACACUAAACAAGCAUUAAAAAAAUUGGAGACGAGAGAGGUGGUUGAUUUGUCUAAGUAUAAAGCAACAAAAAGUGAUUUGGAGACCCAGAUUUCCAACCUAAAUGAGAAACUGGCCAAUCUGAAUAGAAAGUAUGAAGAAGCCUGUGAGGAGGUGCUGCAUGCCCAAAAGAAGCAACUUUCUGCCAAAGAUGAGAAGGAAUUACUACAUUUCAGCAUUGAGCAAGAAAUCAAGGAUCAGCAGGAGCGGUGUGAUAAGUCCUUAACAACAAUCACAGAGUUACAGAAAAGAAUCCAGGAAUCGGCCAAACAAAUUGAAGCAAAAGAUAAUAAGAUAACAGAACUGCUUAAUGACGUGGAAAGACUCAAGCAGGCACUCAGCGGCCUUUCACAGCUCACGUCCCCGAGUGGGAGUCCCGGCAAGAGGCAGAGCCAGCUGGUUGACACCCUGCAGCAGCAAGUGAAGUCCCUGCAGCAGCAGCUGGUUGACGCCGACAGACAGCACCAAGAGGUGAUUGCAAUUUAUCGGACACAUCUUCUUAGUGCUGCACAGGGUCACAUGGACGAAGAUGUGCAGGCGGCCUUACUCCAGAUCAUACAGAUGCGGCAGGGGCUUGUGUGCUAACAGCAGUCCUGACCAGCCAGGGUGUGCUUUAGCUGUGGUGCUGAGCAUUCCCUGUGCAACUCCACGGCCUUCCUGGGCUGCCGUGUGCUAGUAUAAUUGAAAUAAAAUAUAUUUUGUUUCAUCAGCAAGUUUUUUUUUUUUAACUAGAUGGGUAUGUUACUGAGUUUUUCCAUAUCAGUUCAAAUCUUAUAGUCUAUAUAUGUUAAUUUUACAGUUAGGCAAACAACCCAACACUGUCUCGGAUGGACUACGUAUAUUUAAGCUGUUGAGUCCCUAAUAAAACAUAAGCCACCUUCGUAGGUCCAUAAUGAAGAAGGGUUAGGCUGAAAUAAUUUUUAAAGAUUUCUUUCAGGGAAAUUAAUUUGGUAAGUGGAUCAAAAGAUCUUUCAGAUCUUCAGUUGAGCCAUGAGACCAAAUGUGAUUUUAAGGAAUGCAUCAUAACUUGGCUGGCCAAGUUGCAUUUUUAUUGAAGUAACUUCAUGAGUGCCUUUGACUUCUUUUAGAGGUACAGAUUUUUUUCUUCUUACACUAGUAACUUUUAUGCCCCUUUAAAUACAUUUCUUUUCAUAAAGUGGUGUGCAGUGCUAAAUUACAUUUAGAUUAAAAACAGGCAAGGGUAGGAUGUAUUAGGAAUUUAUAUUAAAAUGGCCUCAGAAUAUCCACAGCAGUAUCUUAAUUUUUCACUUGUGGUGAUUUCUCUCACCAUAGUAUUUAGAGAACUAUGAUAAAUGGUAUACUAGAUUUUUCAGAGUGUCAAAUAUUUUAGGCUUUUUAAAGCAAUUACUUUGACAUUUGCUACUAUAGUAACCAAACAUUCAUUAUACACACAUCCUCCAAAUACUUUGUACUUAUUUAUAGGAAAAUUGCACUAAUAAAAUUAAUAAUGUGAAAUGCAGUUUUCAUGCAAAAUUAGAGAACUGAUUUUAGAAAACAGAUCUUUCAGGUUUCAGAUGAAAGUACAAUUUAAUAGAGUAAACUGUAAGAAUGUAGAUCACAAGGAAAUGAUAAAAUUGGCCAUGUAUUAGUAAAUACUCUAUUGUAACCAACCAUUUUUAUUAACUACAUCUCAUUAAGGAGAGUUUAUAUGUUUUGCUAUUUUUAUUAAUAUUUUGUUUACCAUUCAGAUCGAAGAUUACUAAUUUGACUGUUAGCAAAUAAACUGAACAAAUGAAUCCUUUCAACCAAGUUUUCGUUUAAUUGCAAAAUGUGCCUUAGCAAUAAUCUUUGAACAUUGUGAACCAGAUUUCUUUUCUUUUCUUUUCUUUUUUUUUUUUAUGCCCAAUGUGGGGCUCGAACUCACGACCCUGAGAUCAAGAGUCACAUGCUCCACCGACUGUGCCAGCCGGGCGCCCCCGAACCAGAUUUUUUGGUUCCAAUUUUGUAUAAUAACAAGGAUGAAGAGCCAUCAAAAUAGCUUCUCCCACCAGAAACCAUCACAUUUCUUCAGUAUAGAAACAACAGUGAAAAGUCAGAAUUGGAUUUAUUUUUAAUUCUUUAGAUAGUUUACAUGAGCAGUAUUUGGAUUCUUUAAUUUGUAUAUUUAAUGUUGUCCUUUGGCAUGAGUUCUGUUUCAUGAGUUUUAUUUAGGUCUUCUUUGAAGCUCUAUAGCAGAGAACGUUCUUUACUGAAUAGUCACAUUUCAGUGUUGUAUUUUCCUUAAUAGAAGUGGGAGGGGAACCUCAUGUGUAUUUUAAUUUGUCUUCAGUCACCAAUAAAAUGUGGAAUAUUGUUUUGAA